GAUUCUCGAACAAAACUCUAAAAAUGCUGCAAAAUUCUCAACAAGAUAUUGACGCUCCUUCCAACCCGGGGAUGAAUCAGCAAUUGCCCCAAUCAACAAAUCCACAACGGCAACAGCCUCCUUUUCCUCAACACCAACAACAGCACCACUUCCCUGCACCAGACUGUACUAUUUGGAUGGGUGAUCUAAACCCUGAUUGGGAUGCUAGUUAUAUUCGUGAGGCUUUUGGACAGUACGGGAAGGAUAUUGUUAAUGUGAAGAUGGUGACUACUGACCAAGGAGCCAGGCUACUUACUGUUUUGUUGAGUUUUCCAAUGAAGAUUCUGCUCGUGAUGCUCUUUUGGAUGUUAAUGGGAAACCGUUUCCAAAUGACCCGUCUGGAAGAGCACGUUUUAAUCUUGCAUUUGCCAACUCUCCACAUCAAAUGUAUUUUUUUCUGA